CUCUCUCUCUCUCGCUCUCUCUCUCUGUGUUUGGCCAGCUGGUGAGAGCACAAACCUUUCUGCAAAACAGGUCACCUACAGGAGACAAAUCAUAAUUUUGAGGGGACCAGGAGAGCUUUCAUCUCUCCAAAAAUCGCCAAUUCACCCACGAACUCCUGUAAUGUCGUGGAACGAAGAUAAAUAACGGCCAGCUUGUUCUCUCUGUUGAAGUGUUGAGCGGAUCGAGCUCCCGCGACACACACGCACACACAGCUCGGGCGUUCCCGCGACUCCUCAGCCGCCAACGGAAGGGUGGCAGGAGAGAGGAGAGAGGAGGAGGAGAAGGGGGGGGAGGAGGGAGAGGAGGGGAGGAAACCCGACUGUUUUGAAGCUAUACGCCAGUAAACAUAGACUAUAAGCAUACACAGUGAACGAAGAGGAAACCGUCGCAGUGCUAUUUUAUUUCAGUGUGGAUGAAACUAGGAUGAGAGAGACGCCAAAGGAGAGAGACGCCAUCGGUGACAAGAUAAAGGACUCCGCUGUUGGGAUGGCUGAGGUUUCACAGCAGGAGAGAAUUCAGGCCAUCGCUGAGAAGAGGAAGAGGCAGACAGAGAUUGAGAACAAGAGGAGACAGCUGGAAGAUGACAGAAGACAGCUUCAACACCUAAAGUCGAAGGCUCUGAGAGAGCGCUGGUUGUUGGAUGGGGCUCCAGAGGAAGAUGAGACUCAGAGACGACUUCAGGAGGACGAAGAGAGGACUAAGGCACUAGAGAAGAGCAUCCUCUGCUUGGAGCAGGAUAUAGAGGAGCUGGAGAAUCCGGUCAUGACCAAAGAGAACGGAGCUGUAAAUGGAGUAUCACAGAACCAGAGUCCUAGAAGAGAACUAACAGGAGUAGAAGCCAAGCUGUUGGGUCCCAGUCCAGACCAGGCCAGUGCUGAGAACCCUGUUACCCUGGUCUUCAUGGGCUAUACAGCUCUGGAGGGUGAGACAGCAGGGGAGGUGGGGGAGGCAGGGGGGACAGAGGGUGGAGACGGCUCAGUCAAGGCGGAGUUUGUGAUGCUAUCAGACGGGGAGGGGAAGGGGGUAGGAGAGGGGGAGACGGAGACCCAGGCAGCAGCCAAUGGGAGUACGGGUGAGAAGGGGGAGGCAAAUGGGGGAGGAGGGGAGGAGGGGGAGAAGGAAAAGAAACCGAGUUGCAAGUGUUGCACAGUCAUGUGAGUGUGUGUGCGUGUGCGUGCGCGUGCGUGCGUGCGUGCGUGCGUGCGUGCGUGCGUGUGUGUGUGUGUGUGUCUGUCUGUGUGUGUGUGUCAAAGAAAGAUGCUUGUGUGUGUGUGUGUGAGUGUGUCAGAGCAAGAGAGACUUGAGUGCGUACGUGUAUGUGUGUCUGAUCACACACUUCACAGGACUACAAAACCAAACAGUCCGACUCCUCCUGCCAAGCAGCAAAAACUACAGCCAACACCAACCAUAUACAGCCAACAGACACUGGAGAAUCAAUACUACUGUAUUACUGUAGUAGUACUACAACAACAACCUACAGCCAGGACAAUAUACACUAGACUAUGUAUUACUCUAGUACUACAAUAACAACCUACAGCCAGGACAAUAUACACUAGACUAUGUACUACUCUAGUACUACAAUAACAACAUUCAGCCAGGACAAUAUACACUAGACUAUGUAUUACUCUAGUACUACAAUAACAACCUACAGCCAGGACCAUAUACACUAGACUAUGUACUACUCUAGUACUACAAUAACAACCUACAGCCAGGACAAUAUACACUAGACUAUGUACUACUCUAGUACUACAAUAACAACCUACAGCCAGGACAAUAUACACUAGACUAUGUAUUACUCUAGUACUACAAUAACAACCUACAGCCAGGACCAUAUACACUAGACUAUGUACUACUCUAGUACUACAAUAACAACCUACAGCCAGGACAAUAUACACUAGACUAUGUAUUACUCUAGUACUACAAUAACAAUUGGGAAAUCUGAAAUGGAACCCUAUUCCCUAUAGUACUUUGGGCCAAAACACUCCCACAGUGCACUAGUAUAGGAAAAGGGCUGCUGUUUCAGAUACAGCUAGUACCUCCAGACUGAUCAAACAAAACCUCCCUCACUGUGUACUGCUAUUGUACUACUAUUUACUACGAUGUACUUCUUCUGAUAUGGAUUAUUCUUUUAUUGUGAAUGCUAUUUUUAUAUUUUUCUGUCUUGACAUUUAUAGUGUAUUCUGUGUGUACUUCUGUAUGCUAUUCUAUUAAUAUUCUCUUUAUUAUUGAACUGGAUGUGCCGUCACGUUAUUGUUGAAAAGAAAAUGUAGCAGGUCUUUGUAUUGUAAUGUGUCUGCUAUCGGAGCCAUCUGGAAAAUGUCUACCAUUGUUUUUUUAGUCCAGAAUAUGAAGAAGACAUACAUUUUGUAUAUUUCCCUGUGUAUCGAGUAUUUAUGAGUCAGUUUCAUAUUAUAUUGUCUCUGUAAUAUAGUUUCACAGUGUGAACAGUAUUCAAAUAUGUUGAUAUCAAGUUUUAUACAAUGUAUUCAUUGGUUUGGUUUCUGCCAAAUCAUAGCCAGCCACACUCCGCAUGCAAGCUUGUACCAUCAUCACAAAUCAAUAGGAACACCAAUUCAAUCAAUCAGCCACACCAUGUCAUCUGGUGCAUCUCAGAUAACAUUAUUAUCUCUGUUUUAAACUGUCCAUCCCAUGUCGUCAUCUCUAUCUCAUCAUCUCAAGUCAUUUAUACUCUACUUACAUCUAGUAAUCUAUUGAUCUCCACUAAUCUCCUCAUUAGACUCACUAUGACACUGUGCAACUCAUAAACACAUUUCACUAUUUUAUUAUUAUUUUUAAUUAAAAGAUGGCUUUUUCACUGUUUGAGUCAAGCCCAGCCAUUGUUUAAAUGCUGAUGCUUAUGAAUUUUGUUGAGUCAGUGAUGUUGAAUCUUCUGAUGUAGCAUUAACUCUAACUCUGAUUAAUGUUGUUAUUGAUCGUAAUACUCCUCAUCAGGUCUGAUCAGUAUCAUUGAUAACUAUAUCCAUCCUUUCGGCAUAUUGCUUAACAUGAAUGUAAUAAUGGGUUCUAUUGGGAUCGAAGGGAAGGUGAAACCUGUCGUCAGCAGAAUAAACCUUCCAUUCCCAGAGA